CAAGUACUCAAGCAACUGGACCUGCUUCGAGUCAAUUACGAAAACCUGGACAAAGAAAACAAAGCAUGUCGAAACCAUCGCGGCCUGCUUUACCUUCAUUAUCCGAGAUGCCGCCAUUGCCUACAGUCCCGCAUUCGUAUGCUGCUGCACCAAAAUCUAUACAAAAUUCUCCAUCCAUGAAACAGUCUUUCAAUAAAAAUAACGUUUCAGGAAUCGCCGCAAGUCAGCAAUUGCGUGCUCCGGGAACGCAACCCCAAACCCGUGCACUAUCUCCUCCAUCAGUUGGCUCUACAAAGCUCUCACCCAUUCCUCAAAGAUUGCAGGCGCCUGCGGCUGAUCAGAGGCCUGCUUCUCCGUCGCUUCUGUUGUUUUCUGUAGGUGAUCGAGUAACCGUUGAGACAUUGAACAUUUCAGGUACUCUAAGAUUUCUAGGUCCUAUAAAUAUCAAACCGGGUAUGUGGGCCGGCAUAGAGAUGGAUGUUCAUGGAACUGGUAAGAAUGAUGGAAGCAUAAGCGGGGUGUCCUAUUUUUCAUGUCCACCAAAUACUGGUAUCUUCGUGCUUGCGUCUAAACUUUCUCGUCCAAAGAAUGCAAAAGAGAUCCUUGCCCCACCACGUGUGUCUCCAUCGACAAGACCUACUUUAUCUAUACCGCGUCCACCAUCCGCACAAAGCAAUGCCAGCGAUAGGAGUCAUAUUUCUACUUCAGGAACAACAAAAAAUGCACAACACGCUGCUAUGGCGGCUUCGCGUAUAACAGCGGGUUCGCGCGCAUCAAAAUAUAUUGGAGUCACUGCGUCCCAGCUCAAACAAAGAUCAAUAUCAAAACCGGGAAUUCUUGGGCCAUCUAUGCCUACGCUUGACCCAACUAAUCGUAACUCGCCACCACCGUCAAAACUUAAAUCUGGCCUCGCGCGGCCAAGCGUAGGUAACCUGCGUUCGGGCUCCGGCAUCACUCCUCCACGAAGAAGAAGAGAUUCAUCAUCCUCAACCGGGUCUGGAGUUUCCCAAUCACAGUCACCAAAGUUAGCGCCGAUUGGACAAAGGGUUUCGAGAGCAACAACGCCUAAUCAACAACUUUCAGACAAUGAGGCGUCUCUGAUCUCUGAGGAGAUGAGUAAUCGUGCUUUACAGGAAAAAAUUCAGAAAUUUCUUGGUGAAUCCGAAACUUCAGACGGACUUCCGCUUAGUAUGUGGGAUCAGCAAUCUCUGCGCAUGAAACAACUUGAAAUGAAAGUUGAGGUGCUUGAAACAGAAAAUGCUACACUCGCACAAGAGAAGAAACAAUUGGCUAAGCAGGUGGAAGAUUCAGUCAAGGGUCACCAUGCACGACCAAGCACUUCAUUGUCAAUGUUAGCAGAAGAGGACAACAUAAGCGAUAAAAUUUUGCAAUUAACUGAAUUGAUUGCGGAAAAGGACGAACAACUUAAAUCGCUAGAAGAAUCUUUGAAUGAUGCUAACAAAAAAUCGGAAGAUUAUUUGGAGCAAAUAAAAGGUCUUGAAAGACACUCACAACUGACGCCCGGUUCGAACGUAGGGUCUGCAGCACAAGAAGCUACGGAGCAUAUUGCUCGGCUGGAGAAAACUAUAGAACUUAAAUCGGCAGAGAUUUCAGAAAUGGCCAUUAAGAAUGAAGUCGCACAAAAAGAAUCUAAUGAAAAAAUACUUAGCUUGCAAGAAAAUGUUGAUAAACUGAAGGCAGCAGGUCAAGAAACAAUUAACAUUUACGAACAAAAGGUAUCAGCCUUGGAGCAACAAAUUGCUGAACUUAAAAAGGCAGGAGCAGAAACGAUAUUGUUGUACGAAGAAGCCACAGCAAAGGUUGAAGAACGUGAUGCGAAGAUUGACGAGUUGCAAAAAGAAGCUGAGAAGCUCAGAUCAGCUGGUGUCGAGGCAAUUGAUGUAUACGAAAAGAUUAUCGAAAACUAUAAGGCUGAAGAGGAGAAGUACAAGAGCCAGUUGGUCGCAAAAGAUGAACUUAUGACACUUUUGCGUAAGGACUCGGAGGCAUUAAAGACUGUUCAAAGAGAACUUGCUGAUGCAAAAGCGCAAUUGGAAAUGCGCGAAAAACAAGAAACUGGUCUGCGUAACGAAUUACAUGAUAUGACUGCCGGUUUGGAACAAAUAAUGAGAGCAGAUGCCAAAUCUCGUGAGCGUAUUUACGAGUUGGAGGACGAGUUGCGUGAAUCGCAAGCUCUUGUAAAACGACAGCAGGAAGAAAUUACCAUGCUAAAGGACAAUAUACAGGAUUUGAUGGCAGCCAAUUCGAAUGAGGAAAUGGAAAAGGUCAAAUCUUUCUUCGAGAGUGAAACGAAGCGUCUCGAAGGCGAAUUAGACAGUGCAAGGAAAUCAUUAGCAGAUCUUCAAGGAGAGAAGCGAACGGUCAGUGGUGAACUCGACAACUUGAAGAACGAGAAAUCACUUCUCGAAAAGAGACUCCAGGAUGUAGAGAGUCGAAGAUCUCUCCUUGUUGAGGAAGUUGAUAGAAUAAGAAACACGCAGAAAGAUGUUGAAAAUGAGAAAUCCGAGCUGUCAAAAGAACUUGAGGAAUUGAAGUUGAAAAUGGUAGAAGCCGAGAAUGUAAAGAGCAGUCUAUCGCAAGAAUUGGAUUCGGCCAAGGUAAAAUUGGUCGAAGUAAGAGGCGCAGCCGAAAGGGAAAUUUCUGACAUGCAGGCACAGAUAGAAGAUUUAUUAUCAAAAACGCGUGCUUUUGAGCAAACUCGAUCUGAACUAGAUGCUAAAGUUCAAGAGCUCAACCAACUAAACGAAAGUCACGCUCAAUUAAAAGCCGAGAACGAACAGCAAAAGACAACUCUAGAAACCGUACAACGAGAGAGUGCCGAGGAAUUAGAAUCUUCUCAGCAAGAGAUCAAACAAUUACGACAAAAGAUUAAGGAACUAGCUCUUGCGCAAAAGAACACUUCAGGCUCCGUGCCGCAUGAAGUGGAAGAGAAACUUGUCGCAUAUGAGGAGCAAAUAGCUAAGUAUGAACACGACAAGAAGGAGAUGGAACAACUUGUAAAAGAGUUAACCCGCGAAAAUGUAACCGUCAAUAGUGAAAAUAAAAAGAUUCUUUCUGAACAAGAGAAGCUCAUGGAAGCACACAAGCAAGUAGAAACUGAAUGCUUAAAACUAAUGGAUGAGCUUGAACGAUUACACAGUGAAUCACUCAGUGGUCAAGGAAUAUUAUCAUUGCCUGCUGCUAACGUCGAAGGUGGAUUUGAAAUGAAUGAGGCAGCCGGUGAACAAGGAGAUGAAGUAAGCGACAACGCGGAGAACACUAACCAGUCAGCUGCAACCGGUGGUGAUUCGAGUCGGUUGCAACAACUGCUGGCUGAGAAACAAUCUCAACUUGAGCGUGUGACAUCCAUGUAUACUUCCGAGAUACGUGAAUUGCGUCAGAAGAAUUCUGAAUUAGAACGCGCAAAGCAACGUGAGCUGAGUGGACUGACGAAAGAUGUAGCUGAAUUGGAAUCGUUAAUAGAGAGCAAGAUAUUCCGUGAAGCUGAUUUAGAAGAAGAGCUCCAGAAGGAACGUCAUGUGGUUAAAAAGCUUGGAGAGGAGGUAGAAGAGUUGAAAGAACAAUUGAAAGAACUGCGUAGUUUGAGUGGAGACGGUAUUUCUGGCUUAUCAGAUAUGAUCGGUGAUGGACAUACUACACGUGAAAUUUACGUGAACGGGAAUUCGAUCCCGGAAGAAUCAUCGUCUAAUUUAUAUUGCGAGAUAUGCGAAGAAGAAGGUCAUGAUAUUAUUACAUGUAAAGCAGUAUUCGGUACCCAGUCUAGCAAUAAUUCUAGUUUAAAUGUUGAGACGACCGAUGAGACUCAAAGACCUUAUUGUGAGAAUUGUGAAGAGCAUGGGCUUCAUUGGACUGAAGAUUGUCCUAAUCAAGAUGAGACAUUCUAA